AUGUGGCAUUCUGCAGAUUUUAAUCGCGCAGUUAAGACGUUACUUUUUAGGAGGAAUAAAGCUCUCGUGCUACGGCGCGUUAGCGCUGACCGUAGGCUGAAAUAUAGCCCAGACAACGUGGCUGGAGCAGACGGAGACAUUGACCCCACUGAAGUCACCUUUCCAGGAUGUUCUUGUCUUACCCGCUCCUGUGUGGUUCACGUGUGCUCGUGUCUUUGCCGUGGUGAAAAUUACAGCAAUUUGUGCCUCAGGCCUACAGACAAAGAGGAGAAGUAUGCCAGGCCUGUUUUUGAAUGCAAUGCCAUGUGCCAGUGUGGUGAAUCCUGUCAGAACAGGGUUGUUCAGAGGGGUUUGCAAUUCAGGCUUGAGGUAUUCAAGACUGAGAAGAAAGGGUGGGGUCUUCGCACUCUGGAAUUCAUAGCUAAAGGAAGAUUUGUUUGUGAAUAUGCUGGUGAAGUUUUAGGCUUUAAUGAGGCACGCAGAAGAAUUCAGGCCCAGACAUCAAAGGAUUCAAACUAUAUUAUAGCAGUGAGGGAGCAUCUCCAUAGCGGGCAGAUAAUGGAGACAUUUGUGGACCCUACAUACAUUGGUAACAUAGGCAGAUUCCUGAAUCAUUCUUGUGAACCAAAUUUAUUUAUGGUGCCAGUUCGAGUUGACUCAAUGGUGCCUAAACUGGCACUUUUUGCAGCUACUGAUAUUUCUGCUGGAGAGGAACUUUCAUAUGAUUAUUCUGGAAGAUUCCAUAAUUUACCAGUAACUAAUGGAGAACAAAAAUCUUUAGAGGAAGAUAACAGAUUGAGAAAACCUUGCUACUGUGGUUCCCGCACAUGUGCUUCCUUCUUACCUUGGGACAGCUCCCUCUUUUCCACACCAGACACUUGUUCAGGGAGCUCUCCAGAGCUUUUCAGUCCCUAA